GGAGGGCUUGGGCUGUCCGCGUCCACCCGGCUUUCCACACAAGAGGCAGCUCGGGUCCCCUCCUUCAUUCACCCCCGUGGCCGCUCGGCUUUCUUAAGGGCCACGACCCAGGCCCGCGCGUCUCCGGCCCCGCACCGCGCGCGCAGUCCGCACCGGCCCCCACGCCGCGGGCGAGCCACCUUCUCGGCCCACCACCAUGACUUCCAGUAAGAUCGAGAUGCCCGGCGAGGUGAAAGCCGACCCUGCCGCCCUCAUGGCGUCCCUGCAUCUCCUGCCGUCGCCCACGCCCAACCUCGAAAUCAAGUACACCAAGAUCUUCAUUAAUAAUGAGUGGCAGAACUCAGAGAGCGGGAGAGUCUUCCCUGUCUAUAAUCCAGCCACAGGAGAACAGGUGUGUGAAGUUCAAGAAGCAGACAAGGCAGAUAUAGACAAGGCAGUGCAGGCCGCCCGCCUGGCUUUCUCUCUUGGUUCAGUGUGGAGAAGGAUGGAUGCUUCUGAAAGAGGACGUCUGUUGGAUAAGCUUGCAGACCUGGUGGAACGAGACAGGGCAAUUCUUGCAACCAUGGAAUCCCUAAAUGGAGGAAAACCAUUCCUGCAAGCUUUUUAUGUGGAUUUGCAGGGUGUCAUCAAAACCCUUCGAUAUUAUGCAGGCUGGGCUGACAAAAUUCACGGGAUGACCAUUCCCGUAGAUGGAGACUACUUUACCUUCACAAGACACGAACCUAUUGGAGUGUGUGGACAGAUCAUCCCAUGGAACUUCCCCCUGCUGAUGUUUGCCUGGAAGAUUGCUCCAGCCCUGUGCUGUGGCAAUACAGUAGUCAUUAAGCCAGCAGAGCAAACCCCGCUCAGCGCGCUGUACAUGGGUGCUCUCAUCAAAGAGGCUGGCUUUCCACCUGGAGUCAUCAAUAUUUUGCCAGGAUAUGGGCCAACAGCUGGGGCAGCAAUAGCUUCUCACAUUGGCAUUGACAAGAUUGCGUUCACAGGAUCUACUGAGGUUGGAAAGCUUAUUCAAGAAGCAGCAGGAAGAAGUAAUUUGAAGAGAGUAACUCUGGAACUUGGAGGGAAAAGUCCAAAUAUUAUUUUUGCAGAUGCUGAUUUGGACUAUGCCGUGGAGCAGGCCCACCAGGGUGUGUUCUUCAACCAAGGCCAGUGCUGCACUGCAGGAUCUCGCAUCUUUGUGGAGGAGUCCAUCUACGAGGAGUUUGUGAGGAGGAGCGUGGAGCGGGCCAAGAGGCGCAUAGUGGGAAGUCCUUUUGACCCCACUACUGAGCAGGGUCCUCAGAUCGAUAAGAAACAGUACAACAAGAUCCUGGAGCUCAUCCAGAGUGGUGUGGCUGAGGGAGCCAAGCUGGAAUGUGGAGGCAAAGGACUGGGCCGAAAGGGGUUUUUCAUUGAACCCACAGUGUUUUCCAAUGUCACUGAUGACAUGCGGAUUGCGAAAGAAGAGAUCUUUGGCCCCGUUCAGGAAAUUCUGAGGUUUAAGACCAUGGAUGAAGUUAUUGAAAGAGCCAAUAACUCUGACUUCGGGCUCGUGGCAGCUGUUUUCACUAAUGACAUCAACAAGGCUCUCACAGUGUCUUCUGCAAUGCAAGCUGGGACUGUUUGGAUCAAUUGUUACAAUGCUUUAAAUGCCCAGAGCCCUUUUGGGGGAUUCAAGAUGUCUGGAAAUGGAAGAGAAAUGGGAGAAUUUGGCUUGCGAGAAUACUCCGAAGUUAAGACCGUGACGGUAAAAAUCCCCCAGAAGAACUCCUAAGAAGGCCACGGAGGAAGAUGAAGGCAGCCUGCACGACCCCCCGCUCUGCUUUUUCUGUAGGACCAGCUGUCAGGACUAUGAAGUUGAGCCACAGUCCUGAUUUAAAGACUGCAGUGAUUACAUGUAGGCCAGGCAGGUCACUGAACAACUAGAGCAAACCAGCUGGGCAUGGUUUCUUGGCACUCUGGAAGGGGUUAGCUGAAUGGCACCAAACAUUUGGGGAAGUAGAGGUCAGAGGCUUAGCUGUGGGGCAAGCCACAAAAAGGAGCUCUAGUGUUUGAUGCCUUUUGUCACGAGGAACAUUCCUCUUGAGGAAAGGUGGCCUUGCCACUAUCUUCAUUUUCUUCCUUCAGGCUCUCCUCCCUCACCCACCCACCCUGGCCUCCAACAAGUUCUCGGCUGAGCUCAUUUGGGGCAGAUGUUUGGGCCGGGAACAAUUUUCCAAAGUUUUGCAGCCAAAUUACCAUUUCAUGUUCUCCAUUUCUUUAAAGCAAAAACAUGAAAUGCUUUUAGUUAGAGUCAGACCAGACAAAAAUGCCAGGAGCUGAUAUACUAGUUUUUCUAAGAAGUUAAGAUUUGGUAUAGUCCAUCCCCAAUCUGGUUUUAUUAUACCUAUAAGCAAUCUGAGUGAAAGAAAAGCAGGAUAAUGCAGAUUAAAAGUAGUUCACAGCUUCUGAGCAUGCUGUGUGUCCCGGUCCGUGUGUGUGUGUGUGUGUGUGUGUGUUUACUUUUUGCUUAGUUAUUUUGGAAUAAGCAAGUGGUGAGUUGUUUUUGAUAGAUGGAUAAGAUCUUUUUCAAAGCUUAUCUUAAAACCAAUCCAAAAACAAUGCAAGUGAGCUUGAGAAUUUGCGAAUGCUGGAUGACUUGCAGAAAUGACUCAGUUUGCAGUGCCGGCUGACAGUGCCUACCAAGUUAUCUAUUCCUGUAGGGAAUCUGGGGCUCCUGCUGCACCCCAGCAACCCUGUACUAGCCUCUGCCCCUCCCAGUACUGCAGGUCUCACUUCCGACUAGCAUCCCUAAUAAUGUGUGCUCAGUCCAUCGGCAGUGACCUCGGAAAAUCUGGGCAAGCCUAGGGCUUUCUCUUCCCCUUGUAGAGUUCCAUGUGCCACAACCACCAUGUUCCACCACAGCUCCCGUCACACCCAGUGGUCGGUCCCCACAACAUUCUUGUCUCUCAGUGAGCAUGCGCUGGCCUGCAGAGAGGAGAACGUGGAAUGAGCCUGUCUCCCUUUCCUCCCAGUCUCAUAUUCUGCUCUGCUUUCCAUCAAACCUCCCAGUCCAACCUGCACAGCCUUCGCUUCUAGCCCCCUUCCCUCUUUCCAGCUGCCAAACCCAAUCCAGUCUUUAACCUAGCUGCUUUUAACCUAUUUAAAGUACCAAACAUAACCUAGAGUAUGUGGAAUACAGGCUAUAUCCGUAUUGAGCAGUUCUGCUAACUACCAGUUUUCUAUUUAUAACCCUGUCUGUCCAUGAGGCUUUCAAGAAAUCUCUCCCCCUUGUUACUUACAAACGACAGUGCAUUCAGGAGCCCCAGGCCGUGACAGACUCCCCUUUCUGAGUUCUUCACAUGAAUGUCCUGUUCUCCUGUAGUGUGUCCAAGUGAACAUUCCCAUUAACCAACUAGUUACCUUUACCUUUGAACUGCAAUAUAGAAUGUGAAAAAUGAAGAUUUAUCUCUUUUAAUUUACUUAAAAGAAACCUCUGUGCUAGCAAUAAAGCAUUUAUAUUGUGUACUC